CAAAAAACAAAUAAUAAUAAAUAAAUAGAUGAUAAAAUAAUUUUGUUAUUGUGUAGCGUACGUGUUUGUAUGUUUUGUAGUAUUUCUCUUUGUACCAUCGUCAGAAUCAUGUACAAACACUUGACGCCGUUUUUGUUUACAUUGGUCGGGUUUCUUGUCAAGGUCACCGCAGCAACAGGAGCAGCCAGUAAUGAUAAUCUUAAUCCUUUGAUAUUUAAAACCAAUGAUUGUUUCCUUACCGAACCAGUUUAUCAACAUAAGUUCGAUUUUAGCGUUUUACGUUCCGAUUUUGCUCAUUUGACUGUUAGUGAUACGGGUGACAUAUUUGAAUUUAAUAUUUGCGGAAAUUUAUCGCGCACUUGUCAUAAUCGCAGUGAUACUGCAGCCUGUUUAAAGAGAUCGAAUGAACAAGAAUUUGUUCUAGGUACUCAACAUGAACUGAAUUACCAUAAUGGUAGAAUGUAUUUCAGUUUUACAAAUGGUGAGAAGUGUGCUAGCGGCAAAACUAAUGAAACGUAUCAGUUGCAUGUGUUUCUUGGCUGUGACUACACAUUGGAUACGAAACAAUCGAAAAUUACUUCCUACUCCGAGGACGCUUGUUCUUUUUAUAUAACUUAUGAAACACCGUAUGCGUGCUUACCUGAACCGAAGACAAUUAUGGGCCGUAAUUGUUCUGUUGAGGAUUCAAAAACUGGACUCACAUAUGAAUUAGGAUCUCUAAGCGAUACUAACUACAGGACGACGGAUCGUAAAGGGAAUGCUUUUAUAAUCAAUAUUUGCAAACCGGUUUUAUACGGAGAGAAUGCCAUGUGUCCUUUAGGGAGCAGUGUAUGUUUUGUUGACUUGAACGCCAAGGAUUAUACGAAAAAAUUUUUUGACUAUGGUUUAGCGCAUGCUCAACCAGUUAUUGAUAAUGGCCAAUUGAUUAUGCGUCAUAUUUCGUUGACACCGUGUAAUGGUAGCACAAAUUACUCGUCGACCAUUUAUUUUUAUUGCGAUAAAGAUGUUAAGAAUGCCCAUCCGGAAUUAAUGGGCUACCACGGUUGUUUAUAUGAAUUUUCAUUUGCUACUCCUUUGGCGUGCAAUGAUUUGGCUCCAUGCACUGCCGUUACCCACGGCAACGAGAUUCUUGAUUUGAGUUCGUUAAAGGAUAAAACAUUUACUUUACAACAAGACAAACAAAAUUAUAAGUUCGGAGUAUGCUCCCAUCCCGGUGAACCUUGUAUGGAAUCUGAUGGUGCUUGUCUCUCUGUCAACGGUCAAUCGACCAGCCUGGGCAAUGGGAAUAGUCAUUUACGUAUUAAUCAAACUGGCACACCUUAUCUGCUUUAUGAGAACGGAGCCAAUUGUGAAACGAGCAAGAAUGUAAAAACGAAAUGGUCAACAAAAAUUGAAUUUGUUUGCGCCCACAGCGUUAACAGUAACAGGAGCAAUGAUAAAGAUAACAGUGGCAGCAACGGCAGCAGCAGCACUUCUAAAGAUGAUAGCAUUACUGCCGUUGGCCCAAAAAUAAUUGAAAACUCCAAUUGUCAGCUGUUGAUACACUAUCAAACGGAGUUGGCCUGCCAAGAGCAGAUUACAUGCAAAGCUAAAGUUUAUGUUGAUCAUACCGAAGAUGGCACAGGUGCCGAAGUAAUCGAUUUAACGCCACUGAUUAGUACAAAUAAAAAUUAUCAAGCUAAAGUUGAUGCAGCAACUAUCAACGAACAUCGCUUACCUAAUUCGAUUAAGUUUUUCCUCAAUGUCUGUCGACCAUUAGUGCCAAAGUAUGGCCUGGGCUGCCCAGGUGGUUCAGCAGCAUGUAUGGCAAAAAUGGAUAAAAUAACUGGCAAACCGGAAGAGGAACAGAGUCUUGGUUUUCCUUUGGCUUCAUUGGUGCCUAUUAAUCGUACUACGGCCGAGUUACGUUACCUAUUGGGUACUGCUUGCUUCGAAAAUAAAGCUAAACAACUUUCAUCCAGUAUUCUGUUCAAUUGCGACAUGAAGUUUGGGCGUGGUUUACCGACAUUACGUCAGAUUACCGAUUGUCAUUAUCAAUUCAGUUGGCCGACUAAUGUUAUUUGCCCGCCGCAUAUGUGCAUCUUUAACGAGAACACCUGCGAAAUAACGAACGAAGAGAUUAAUGUUAGCUACAAUUUGAAAAAGGCUCCAUUUGCCAACAAUGGCAAAAUAACGAUUUCAAAGGAUAAAACAGCGUUUAUACUUAACCUUUGUGACUCACAUCACAAGGCGGUGACGGAUUACAGUCAGAGUUUGGUAAAUCUCUUUUUCACCUCUAAAGGUCCAUGCGGCGGUGAUGGUAUUAUCAACGUGCAAAUGCGUUUAAUAUGCCAUUAUGUCAACGAACAAACAUUCUCUUUUAGUGAGUGCAAUUUGGUUUACAUACAAAAGACACCGGACAUAUGUAAAUUUUUAGGUCUACAAAUACCAAUAACUGCUACUACUACCGCAGCCAGCGUGAUCACAAGUAGUUCAACUACCACUAUGGAGAAUUCUAAUCAAAAUGUCGAUGAAAUGCAAAAAAUUCCUGCUCAACCGAUUGAAAGAAAUGGCUCUAUAGGAAGUAAGAAACAAACAAAGAAUUUCUUUCUAGGGCCGAGUGCUCAAAAUUCUUCUUCUUUCAAAUUCAUUAAUGUUUUGCAUUCUUUAUCGGAACGGUAUCUACGUCUGGCUGGCAAUUUUGAUUUGAAUGAUGAAGACCGCAUUAGCCCGCCAGCAACGAUGGAUACGGACCUAAUCAUGAAUAUGUUCGCCGAAAAUACCCGAUAUAAUGGAUGCCACUAA